AUGCCCCCUAAGCGUAAAAAAGUUGGACGACCUCCUGGUUCAAAAACCAAAAAAACUCGUUCAGCAAAACAUGGGAAAAAAGAGACGAAAAAAUUAGUGAUCUCAGAUAUUGUUAUUAAGUCUGCAUUCAGUUGUAAAGAAUGUAAGAAGAAGUUCAGAUUUGAAGAAAGCUAUAAAGCACAUUUACAAAAUGAACAUUCCAAAACUCCUGGUAGUAUUACAUGUGAUCUCUGUCCUGUAAGCUGUCCAGACAAAGAAACUUUAAUGAAACAUAUUGAUAAUUAUCACGAGAGGGAAAGAUAUAUAUGUCCCCAUUGCAACAAGGAAUUCACCCGUCGAUCUCAUGUCAUAAGACACAUGAGUCAAAGGGGAUGUGGUGCAAAAAUUGCUAUUCAUAUGUGCGAAAUCUGUGAUGCCACUUUUACAAGAAAAGACAACUUAAUGGUACAUUUACGAUUGGUACAUAUUGCUAGAGAAGAAUUCACAUGUAAACACUGCAUGUACUUUACUAAAAAUUUCUCAAAAUUAAUCAAUCAUGUGCUGAAAAAUCAUUCAGAAAAACCACUUAAAUAUGAAUGUGAUCACUGUGGAAGAGUAACAGGCUCUAGAGCGGCAAUAACAAAGCAUUUAGAAAUACAUGGAGAGAAGAAAUUUCGAUGUGAUGUGUGUGGUUACGCAUCGUUCACUCUGGAAGUAUUGCGCCGUCAUAUAUUGACUCACGUGCAGGAGAAGCCGCACAAGUGCUUCAUUUGCGGACGUUCCUAUAUCCAGCGGAUACAACUAAAUCGUCACAUGGAAAAGCACACUGGACACUUGUGCUUAGAGUGCGGCAAGGCCUUCCCGAGCAAAGCUGGAUUACUAAUUCACGUAAGAGAUCACAAGGGACUCCAGAAACUAUUUUGUCCGUUUGAGCACUGUUCGUACUCAAAAAAAGAAUUUGUUAAUUCCACCAGUCUUCAAAAUCACGUUGAAACACAUUUAAAAGAAAAACGGUACGAGUGCGAGGUGUGCAUGAAGCGGUUCCACAGCGAGACGUACAUGCGCAAGCACGUGCUGACACACACGCUGGAGCGGCCGCGGCGCUGCAUGUACUGCGUGGCGGCGCGCGCCUACGUGCGCGGCGAGCAGCUGCUGCGCCACGUGCGCCAGCACCACCCCACCGUGUUCCGCGACCACCUCACGCACGUGCGCCAAGUGCUCGGUUUGAACGCAGGAACAGAAAGGGUGUUAAAGUCGGAGUUAGAGGCGAUUCUGAAUGUGUUAGAUGCAGAAUCAGAGCGCAUUUUGGAAGGAUACGGGACGGGCGUCCUGUACGGUGGCAUGAUGGAACAAGAUGAGUCUGUAAGUGAUGAAACAGCUGUCGUUUUAAAGAAUGAAAGUAAUCCAUUAAUGUCAGAAGAAGAACUUGCAGAUAGCCUCAAAAAGUUACUUGAACAGCUUAUUGAUAAGAAGACUCUCGACGUCUUCGGCUGGCCAGACGAAACUGUUGACACGAUGUUAGAAAAAGUAAUAGAACAUUGCGGUGCUCGCGCCGCGGAUCGUGACAAGUGGACCAGAGUGCAGCGCCUGCGAGAAAACGCCAAGCAUUUAUUCGUCUAUGUGAUUGAGGAUAAAAACAUCACUCGUAUGCUUGACACACAUACAAUUGAUCAAAUCAUAAAACAUAUUCUAGAGCAAGUUGCUAGUGACGGCAAUGGGUCCACUUAA